AUGAAUACAGAAAAUAACAUGGGGAGAAAAUUAGUUACUCUUACUAAUAUUAAAAAAAAAGAAUUAUGUGAAUAUAAAAUUGCUAAUCCAACCAAAACAAAUGAACAAAUUGGCAAAGAAUUCAGAAUUAGAAAAUCAACAGUAGGAUGUAUUUUUAAAGAAAAGGCAAGAUGGCUUGCAAUUGAUGCAGAUUCAGACAUCAUUAAAAAAAGAGAGCGUGUAGGUGAAUGGCCACAACUAGAAGAUGCAUUAGCAAUUUGGAUUGAUAAUGCUAAUAGAGCGAAUUGUACAAUAACUGGUGUAAUCAUCUGUCAAAAGGCAAAAGAAUAUGCUACAAGACUUGGUAUUAAUGAAUUUUCUGCAUCAAAGGAAAAUAGGAUAGAUGCAUUUGAUCAAUUUCAAGAAUAUGGGACUGAAAUACCUACUUUAAACAUAUUAAAUGCAAUCGAUUGGACUGCAGAGUCAUGGAAAAAUGUAACUGAUGAUGUGAUAUAUAGAUGUUGGGAAAGGACAGGUAUUCUACCUGUUGAAGAAAUGACUAGCAAUAAUUUAGUUGAUGAUAAUAGUGAGAUAGAGGAUGAAGACAUCCAAUUACUCAUUGAUCAAAUGAAUGAUGACAUUGGCAUUAUUAGAGCAAGGGAUUAUAUUGAAAUUGAUAAUAACUUAAGAACAGGUGAAAUGCUUAGUGAUGAUGAAAUUAUUGCAGCAGUCCAAGAAGCCCCCGAAACUGAGGAAGAAGAAGAAGAUAUGAUUCCAGUAUCUAAUAAAAUUGCUCUAGAAAGUAUCCAAAAUUUAUCUGAUUAUUUGCAACAAAAUGAUGAUAUAAAAAUGGCCAAAACUUGUCAUAGAAUCGAAGUACUAAUAGUCAAUGGUUCAGAUAAAGAUCGUGGAAAUAAUUCUGAUCAAGAAGAAAUAAAAAACCUGAUUACGUUAAUUACUAACCAAAAGGCAUUACGAAAGCUUGAAUUUCAUGAUUUUUAUGUGCAUGACAAUUCUAUUGUUUCUGCUUUAGGCAAACAUUCGCAAACUUUGGCUUGUUUAGUUUUCCAUUCUGUUACAUUUAUGUCUAAUAAAAUGGAUAAGUUAGAAGGAAUAACAGAUUUGGAAAAUUUACAGCACUUGGCGUUUAAUGGCUGUAAAAAUGUAGAUGAAAAGUUAUUGGAACCGUUGCAUGUCAAACAGUUCCCGAAACUAACAGAACUUGAUUUCAGGCAUACACGUCCACCACCUUCAUCCAUGAAUACAUUGAUUAACAAUUAUGGUCAUGUGUUACAAAAAUUAUAUUUAGGAACUUUACAAUAUCAAAAUCAAACAGAUUCUUGCAUACAAGUUGUCCGUAAUAUUUCCAAAAAAUGCACAAAAAACUUGGAGGAAUUUUCGAUAACUUUUACAAAUCAUUUAUUAGAUUGUUUUCUUUAUCUAUUGGAAUCGUGUACAAGACUCAAAAAACUAAUUAUAACCGGAUCUUUUGAGUAUACUUACGAUUCGCUUUCACUUAUUGGAGCCAGCAUACCAGAUAGUCUAAAAUCAUUGAUAAUUAGCACAGAGUGGGAUAGUGAACUUGAAAAUUUGGAGGAGUUCUUUGCAAAAUGUGAAGCUGGAUUAGAAUAUCUGUUCAUUGAAAGAUUGCCGUAUAUAACUGAUAAACAUAUUGAUGUUAUAAUGAAGCAUCAAGGAAAUACGCUAAAGACGUUGAAAAUCAUGGCAUUUGAGAUAAAUAUUUCUGAUGAUGUAAUGGAACGAGCCAAAAAAAAUAUAGGAGUUGUCAAAAUUAGAACAAAUGACACUUUAUUAUAUGAAGAUUUUGAUAUUCUUUCAAAUCGUGAGCUGACAGGAAUACCAUGGAAGGAAAACUGGUACGAGAUUAUUAAUGGAUUUGAAUGGGGACCAGAUGAAGAAAUGUUCUUUGAUUAUAGUGUUGAUGAUGUUGAUGUUAGUGAUGGAUUAUUCAAUAAAGGUGCUGAUGGUGGUGAUGGAUUAUCAUUAUUUAAUUCAUUUAGGAACUCUUGA